AUGGUGUACCAAAUUAAACCCUUGCACGUAUCAAGUGAGGCGCCAGAAGUUGUUCCCGAGGAACAGUCUCCGUACUUAUUGACCUCGCCCGAUAAAUAUUUCGUUCGUUCAUACUCCGUGAAAAGAGCAUCAAAUCAUAUAAUAUCACCACUAAGUAAACAAUGUGAUAAUAUUCCGCUCCAAGAAGUCUCAUUUCCACCACCAAAAAGAGCAUACGAUCUUGCGCGUUAUCUACCUCCGCCAAAACAGAAGAAAAAGUCCGGGCUGGUACCAAUUGUUUUCAUAGCUGUGGUGUCUUUCUUGAUCGGAGGAGGUAUUGGCGGUGCUAUUGGAGGAUGGGUUGGGAAGCAUAACAACCCCUCGAGCAAGACCUCCAAGUCCGAAUCAACGGGAACACUUUCAGGAUGUGCUCCAACAGUCACGGAAUUUGUAGACUCUGCUGGCUGCCCCAACGUCAACAAUACUACCUAUACAACACCUGUACCGAGUAUAGAGUUUCGCAUAGCUUGUGCAAUCGACUUGACCUCUUCACCAGGAGAAGAUAUCGAACUAACCAACGUCACAACUCCGACUCUGAAUAACUGUUUGGAAUCGUGCGCACAAUAUAAUAAUGGACAAUGCUUGGCAGCUACUUGGAUACAGCUUUCUCCAAAUCACCCAGAGAUGAACUCGAAGUGUUUCUUUAAAGCGAAUUCAGGAGUUCGCAUACCCAUGAAUUCUACGGGGACAAUAGCCACGAGUGGGUUCCGGAUUUCCUGA